AUGUAUGGGGCAAACAUUGAAAUUCAUCGUCCCCAUUGUGGCGCAAAGGGAGAUAGGGAGAGGGAAGAGGGAAGAGGUGAAUGGGCGGGGACAGGUGACCCUCCAACCAUAGGAACUACUUCAGCACUGGCCCCUGUUACUACAAAACCAGCAUGUGACACAGAUCAAAUUGAAUUCAAAGGAUCUUGCUACAGGUUUUUUCACCAGGAAUCAUCCGACUUUUACACUGCCCAAUCCUCGUGCGAGAACCUUGGCAUGCAUUUGGUCAACAUCGAAUCUCAGGAAGAACAACAUUUCUUAGAUGGGAAGAUAACAGACCGUAGUGCCUCUGAUUGUGGCAGUUUCCCUUCGAAUGGACAACACCAUGAACAUAGUGGAUCUUGCUAUUACAUUUCUACAGAAAAAUCUAACUUUUCAAAUUCAGACUCAAUCUGCCAGAAAAGUGGUAUGCACCUCGUGUUCAUAGAAUCGGAAAGCGAGCAAAACUUCAUAGAACAAAGACUUAGUCCUGUUAGUGACGAAGAGUACUGGAUUGGUUUAACAAGCACGGGCUGGGUUGAAGACGGUUCAGGACUUCCCUAUAGUUACUUUGGCAAUGGGAACGCCUUCGACAAAGGAAGGGCGUGCUUUCGCAUGGACCCGAAAUAUAGCUUCAGGUGGCGUGGUAGUAAAUGUGAUACCCAAUAUCAUUACAUAUGUGAAAGAGAAGGAGUCAACAGCAUCGAAGAUCAGACUACCAAGAGUAUUUCAACUUUGGCACCUACUGAUCCCCGGACUUCGGAAGUCACUUCCACGGAACCUAUAUCUUCAACUGUGCCAACAACAGAUGAGGAGACAACCCCUACGUCUACCACUCAACAUCAGCUGUCGACGGAAGAACUUCAAGUUACUAAUACUACCCAGACAACAAAUAUCGUUAAUGCGACGCAAAAGCCACUAGAGGAGAUUCUCACCGAAUGCUUCGUGCCAACAACAGAUGAGGAGACAACUCCUACGUCUACCACUCAACAUCAACAACUGUCGACGGAAGAACUUCAAGUUACUAAUACUACCCAGACAACAAAUAUCGUUAAUGCGACGCAAAAGCCACUAGAGGAGAUUCUCACCGAAUGCUUCGACAACGUAACAGAGGGAGAAUCAAGCGCAAAACCUUACCGUCCACUGACAUUCUCAACCCGUGGAAAUACCGAAGCAGAACGGCUAGCUGUAAGCUUCUACUCGCCAUUUCUACAGACAAAACCAGUCAAGGUAGCAGUGGAAGCUUUCCAGGAGCCUAAACCAGGCUGUGAAACGAGCCCGUCAUCGAGUAACUAUCCGUCAACAAGCCCAUCUUCUGCCGAAAGUGAAGUCUCUGGCACAUCCAUGUCGCUGAACUCUGUGGUCAACGUGACUGUUUACUGCUACAACGGCGCUCCCUUACACCUCCGCAAAGGGGAAUACGUGGAUGUCGUCUUUCCCGUCAAAAUUGAUUUUGAUAAUGAAGUUCCAGUCUGCACUUCGAUGAAACGAAAUGAUUCUGGUUGGGAGUGGGUUACCGAGGACUGCAAAGCUGUGUAUUCGAACUACACUCAUGUGACCUGUCGCUGUAAUCACCUGACCGCCAUUGCACUUCAACGCGGCCCUAAGGGCUUCAAAGUGGACUGGAUAAACGCUUUACUUCUUUCAGUUCUUGAAAAGGCUUUGGGGUGCAUCUCAAUCAUAGCUAUAUUCGUAAUGCUUGUGAUAUAUGCAACAUUGGGUGUAAAAGGGUCUCAACUCACAAAGAUUCAAUUGAAUAUGGCCGUCAGCUCAUUUGCUGGACAUGUCACUUUCUUGCUUGGAAUGAAAGCGACUGGUAAUCUGUUCGUUUGUGCGAUCAUAGCUGCCUGUCUUCAGUAUCUUUACACUGUCUACGCCCUGUGGUUGGUGGUCCAGACUGCUGUACUCUUCAAUACAUGUUACAUACACGGUAAGCCUCGAGAUUCGAAAUUCGCCCAACCAGUCCAGAUGAAAGUACCAGAGAAGAGCAUUACGGAACCUAUCCGAAUGGUUAGAGCCUUUCUGAUCGUGUGGGGAGGACCCUUGGUGUUAGUAGGUCUCCUCUACAAGAAGAUGCCACAUGGAUUUGGAACCCCAGAAAGUUGCUGGCUAACCGAGAAGGAGAAUGUCUAUCCUAUCUUCAUUGCAAUCGUUACACUGGCCCUCGUGAUCAACUUCGUGCUCGCCUUGUUGACCGUGGUUUAUCUGGUCAAGAUUGAUGAUAAGCCUACUGAGCACAUCGAUGGCUACGCAGAAUGGACUGAGAAAUUAAGGAACAGAGUCAGCCUAUGCCUGUCAUCAUCACUCGUCCUCUCAUUCGUUCUCGUGAUGGCCUGGUCAUCGCAUGCCUUGCUCGUCUUCAAGUCCAUCAUGGCUUUCGAUUACCUCUUCAUCUUGUUCAACAUGAUCCAGGGGUUGUUGGUUUUCGUCUUCUACUGCCCGAUGAAUCCACAGGUUCGUGCUGCUAUUUUCCGAACUGGCAAUACCCCGGAUGAAGACGAAAAGAAGGAGAAGGAACCAAACUAAAUGCAAUUGCAAAUUAUAAUCCACUUUGAAUGAGACAUGUCCCUGCUUAAUCAUAUAGCAUGUAUAAGUAGUGGAAUAGAAAGGAAUGCAGGUGACAGAGAUAAAGAUUUUGAUUUCACCAGAGGCCGGAUAAUCUGGGAUCCAGGAUAGUCUGUCCUCUACUAGUAUUUGAAAAAUUCAAAAUACGGUUUGAUCACGCACAGAGGAGGAAUCGUUUACUUCACUAAAAAUAGAUAUUGAUUGAUUUAUUUAUUUGUUUAUCGAUAUAUUUAUUCGAUAUAAAUAUCGUAGGGAAUAUGAAGUGAAGGAGCAAAAGAAAUGUUUGCAUAAACUAGUAGUACAGAGUUUAACUCUUAUCCAUGAAUUUUUGCUGUUUUGCUAGUCAGUAAUAGAAUUUUUGAUAAUGGGGCCUUCUGCCUCUACGGCUUGUAAAUAUGGGACCAGCUCUCUCAUAUUUGAAUAAAAAAAAUAAUUGAUUUAUUGUUUGACUGAUUGAUUGUAAUCUUGUUUUCAUUUGUAUCAUUCAAUAAUAUAAAUGUGCUUAUUUAAUCCAAGCUCUUAACCUAUAUUAUGCGCUGCUUUGAUAGACUUAUCGUUGUUAUAGAAUAAUAUUAAUCAUAUGUUUGAUAGGUUGGUUUUGUUUAAUGUGAUAUAUGAUUUUAAUAAUGGAUAAUUUUACUUCUUCUAAUUAAAAAAAAAGAGUUUAUCCAAGCUCACCCUAUUGGAAAAAAACACAUUGCCACACAGUGUGAUCACAUGUUGUGUGUUCACAUGGUGGACUAUGUGAAAAUAUUCAUAUUAUUAAAAUUCUCAAAGUCAACAGUGUGAAGAUAUUACCACACUGUGAAGACCUCGAUAGUGUGAAUGUUCGCAGCGUGUUCACAUGGUCGACUGUGCGAAUAUAUGAUUCACAUUGAUUAAAUGCUCAACGUUAACAGUGUGAAGGUGUUUUCACAUGUGUUCCACACUGUCAACACUGUGGAACGCUGUGGUUUUUCUCCAGUAGAUAAAAAAACAUCAAUUAUUUGCUUUUGUACGUUUCAUGUCACACCAUUUGCAUUUGCAUUGACCAUGUUGACACUCUUUGUAAAUACCGAGAAAAAAAAUUGUAAUCAAUACUUACUACGUUCU